ACAGGCGAGAAGUGUACACUAAGAUAUGACAAGAGACUUUUACAUACACCCAGGGACAGAGCACAGGGACAGAGCACAGGGACAGAGCACAGGGACAGAGGCUGGCAAGGGCCCAUUCUCCACCAUGGUACCCACCUUAUCCAUUACCCUUCAUUGGUGUUCUUUACUACUGGCCAUGAGCCUGAUGCCUUGCAGACCUGAGAAGCAUCAAAUGACCUCUGAAUUUAUUCACAGCGUGUACAGGUCCAUCGACAACAAGGAAGUGAUGCCUUUCUGUUUCACAAGGGGCUUACAGAAUGUUUUUUGUUUCUGGGAAAGCAACACAUCUGAUGCCUCCAAAUUCACCCUGAAUAUCACACUUGACUCUGAGGUGACAUGCAAAUUAUCAACAGUGAAUGCCGCAGAAGAAUCCUGGUGGCACUUGUGUCAGUUUCCACAGGACUACGUCAGUAUUUUUGGUCUAAAACCCUACAUCAUAUCUGUGUGGGACAACGAGAAUAAUACCACUUUAUACAGACGAAAUCUCACCCAAGAGCAUGUCGUCUAUGUAGAGCCCCCAACCAGUAUCGCAGUGGAAGAACAGAAAAGCCCAAUUGGAUUGCUGAUCAACUUCACGAACCCAGAGAUGGACCAGACUCUCAGAGAUUGUAUUAUGUAUCAAGUUGAUUAUACAAGCCCCAAAGGGAAUAAUUUCAUGACAUUUAACAAGGACAAGGUGAAUUCAGAGAAUGGUUUUGUGACGCUUUUUCUUGAUGACAUUAAAAGGGAAGCUGAGUAUACAAUUAGUGUGAGAGCGAAAGCAGACGAUCCAUUUGAUGGAUAUUGGAGCGAUUGGGCUGUUACUACUUAUCAGACAUCCAAUGGGUUUGAUGACAUUCACAUCGUGUUGUUUGUUUUGGCCGGUAUUGUGGCACUAAUUGCCAUCAUUUUGGUGGCUGCUUAUCAAAGAAGGUUCCUCAAGAGUAAGAUGUGGCCAGAUAUUCCGACUCCAGAACACCACUUUAAGGAACUUUACACCACGCAUAAAGGGAAUUUCAAGACCUGGCUAGGCCAUACGGACUCAUACCUUACGUGGAUCUCAAGAAAUAUUUUUCAUGAAGGUCCCAUCACGACUCUGGAAGUAUUAUCAGAACUUCCUAACGCUCCUCCAUCCUUCUUGCCUCCUGUACCACUGCCACCGAAAGACAGCUAUGUUGCUUUGGAUGAGCAUAUUUUACCCCCUUUGAUGUCAUGGAUGGUAUUUUCGAGACAAGACAAUGCACUGAGAGCUCAGUCCAACCCAGCAGAUGAGGGGAAGAUCAUCAGGAGCGAGGGAAUGCCACAAGAGGCAGAGGGAAGUCCAGUGGAGUCAGAGGAGGCCAGGCAGCUGACUACUGCAGAGGAGCCAGUCACAAAUGGCACUGAGAUAAUGACACUGAAAGGUUUGCCUAGCUGUAGGGCCAUUCUCAGAGAGGACUCUCUAAAUUCAGAGCAGGGGAAGCACAGCCCUGCAUCCAGUUUUGAGUACACCGUUUUAGAGACGUGUGAGGGACUUUUAAGCCCCAGAACCCGCUCAAUUCCUCCUCGCCAGCCUCUGAAAUAUGCCUACCUUCUGAUGUCUGAAUCUGGGGAGGAAAGUCCUCCUCCCUCACCGAACAUUUACCAGAACAGCUUCUGUGGUCAAUUUCCAGCCCCUGUUUACUCCCAGUGCUAGAAACUGGUCCUUAUGAUGGAAGAUGUGGACUUGCAUGUGGCCAAGAAAAAGUCUUCCUCAACUGAGAAAGAUGUAACUCUGACAAUAAUAUAAAACAAAGGAAGUAAAGUGAACCACUGCAUAUGAGGACAGUAAUGGAUCAGGUCACUUGUAAUAGGCAUUUUAGUUAUGGAAGCACCCUGGAUGGUUGAGUCCUUCACUGGUGCCUUAUGUUUACUGACACAUCUACAUCUACCUGCUUCAUCAAUACAAUGGGGUCUCUGUUUGCCUGUUCUCUCCUUGGCUUGCAUAACGCAGAGGAUUAUCUUAAAAAAACAGCUUAGGCUGGGUUCACACUAUUGCGAAUUGGGUGCGAAGCCGGUUCACACAUUUCCGAAGCGGCUCCGG